ACCAAUGUUGGAUCUGGAAGCAGGGUUUGGGGCUUGAGCAGUGAACUGCGUGUGCAAUCUCUGAGAGCAGAUUUGGGGCUGGCUGAGGUCUCACAGUACUGAGUUAGAGACGCUCCAGAAGCCCCAGGUUUUCAAGCAGCUCUGAGGAAAUGGAGGAUUGCUGCUGGGGCUCUUUGCUCUCCCAUCUCCCCUCCCUGCUUCUUUUCUUCCAGCUGUCUGCUGGGGGCUCUGCAGAGGAGUUUAUGGUGAUUGGCCCCUCCGAACCCAUUGUGGCAGCGCUGGGUGCGGACAUCACGCUGCCAUGUCUUGUGUCCCCGGCCAUGGAUGUGGAGAAUAUGGAGCUGCGGUGGUUCCGCUCCAAGUUCUCAGAAGCAGUGUUCAUCUAUCAAAACCAGCGGGAGCAGACAGAAGAGCAGUUGGCUGAGUACAGAGGGCGAACCUCACUGGUGAAGGAUUUCCUCACCCAGGGGGAGGCUGCUGUGCGCAUCCACAAUGUCCAGGCUUUCGACAACGGGCUGUAUACCUGCUUCUUCAGAAUGGGAAUCUUCCAUGAAGAGGUCGGUUUGGAACUGAAGGUGGCAGGUGUGGGCUCUGCCCCUCAAGUGCACAUCACAGGGCCAGAGGAGGACGGGGUCCGAGUUGUGUGCAUGGCCUCGGGGUGGUUCCCAAAGCCCCAAGUGCAGUGGAGAGCACUCAGUGGAAAGAAGUUCCUGAUGUUCUCUGAGACCCAGGUCCAAGAUGCUGCAGGGCUAUUCACUAUAGAGGCCACUCUUGUGGUGAGGGACAGCUCUUCAGGGAAUGUGACCUGCUCAGUCCUCAACCCCAUCCUGGGCCAGGAGAAGGAGGCCAUUUUCAUCCCAGAACCCUUCUUCCCUCAUAGUUCUCCCUGGAAGCCGGUUUUCAUGGUGAUCCUGACUGUGCUGAUGCUCCCACUCCUUGGGGCUGCCCUCUACAUCAUGAGAGAACAUACUGCAAAGCUCCAGGAGACACAGGAAUGGGAGAAACUGCACAGAGACAAGGAGGAGGACCAGCAGAUAAAGGAGGAGGCACUGAAGGCUAGAGAUGAACUCCAAGCAGAUCUUGAUUGGAGGAAAUCUGUUUACCUGGCUGCCUUGAAGAAGGCAAAACUGUAUGCAGAUUGGCCGAAGGAGAAGUUCCAGGCCUUGUCUGUCAGUCUGGAUCCAGAGUCUGCCCAUUCCAGCCUUGAUGUCUCUGAUGAUAAGACUAGACCAAAUACACAGAAGUUGGGUUCUAUAGCUCUUGGUCAUGAAGGCAUCACAUCAGGGUGCUGUUACUGGGAGGUGGAGAUAAGGAAUGCAAAAAGAAGUGAGUGGGCCCUGGGGGUCUGUAGGAGAGAUGUGGAGAAGAAAGGCUGGUACCAGGAAUCCCCAAAAAAGGGGAUCUGGGCUGUGGGUGUGUAUGGAUAUACAUUCUAUUCCUUCCCUGAUAAUUCAGAACUCCUUGUGCCAAUUCCCCAGAGGGUAGGGGUUUUCCUGGACCUGAAGGAAGGGGAUGUCUCAUUCUACAACAUGACUGAUGGUUCCCACCUUUUCUCCUUCCCUCUCGCUUCCUCCUCUGGGACUCUGUUUCCGUACUUCAGGUUGAGGUCAGAAGAUGUGUCCCUGACCAUCUGCUCUGGGGUGGCUGGGCCUCUGCAGACCCCUGUUCCCGUUAACAACCCUCCUUGUUCUCCAGAGGAGCCUGUGAGCCUCUCAGGUCAGGGGUUCAGUUCAGGCUGUGGUGUUGAUGGUGCUCUCCCAGGGGCUGAAUCUCCAUUACUUCCCUUUGGUCCUGAAGCUAUGUCCCCAUAAUGCACCAACACUGUCCCAGAUUCCUCAUGGUGGCUCCUCCUGGAGCUGCAGACUCCCAGGAGUAAUAACCUCUGAAGUUAGUCCUGAAUAACCUGGUGUCUUGCCCUUC